AUGACGAUGGCCUCCAAACUGCGUAUGAAAAGGCCCAAUUCGAUUUCCCACACGAUCCGGCUCGAUACUUUUACUGACAGUGACACCUUCUUCUCGCUCGCAGGUGAGUUCGCCGCUCGCGCGUCCUUGCAACACCUGCCACCACUGCCUCAGCCUCAGCCACCAGCGACCCCGCCGACCAAGACCGAUGAGGACUCACCACCACCGCUCUACUCUGCAGGCCAGCUUCUCCCCGAGGUCGCAAUGAGCGGCUACCACUUCAGCAACAAUUCGUCGCCAAAUGGCAAGGCUGAGAAUAGUGCGACCACACCCAGCAAUAUUCUCCUCACACCCGUUCCCAAUGGCACCCGCCGCACCUCGGGCGACGUCUCUUCCCUCUCCCGGCCGCCCAAUUCUGAGAAUGCACCGCCUUCGCCAGUCUCCGACAGUGGUGGCAGCCUUCCCUGGAGCUCUGCUGUGGGCCACGCGACUACAGGCGGAAAGUCAGGCCGAGUAAUAGAAAAGCUCAUGACGGACAACGACCGGCUGAAACGCGAGCUCAAAGAACAAAUCAUCAAAGGCGAGGAACUGCAACGGUCACUACAAGUCACGAAACCUAGAAUCGAUGCGCUCCAGGCUGAGAAUGAUAACCUUACUCACGCACGGGGUGUCGACAAUGCGUUGCUUGCGAGACGCGACCGCAUGAUUGCUGAGCUGAAAGCCGACCUACAGACCGAGAGAAAGAGAAGAGAAGGCUUCGAGUCACGGUCGCAGGCUCUGGAGACGGAGAGAGACGAGGCUGUCGAGGAGAAGAGGCGGGAGCUGCAGAAUCUCAUGGAGAGCGAGAAGCAUGCCACCACUCAUGCAGCAAUAUUGGAGACGAGUCACAAGCAGUUGAGCACGACGUACAAGACAAGACUGGAGUCUACCAGAAAAGAGGUUGCCGCCCUGAAGCAACACAGGGAGGAGCAGGAGGCCAGGUUGGAGAGGCUGGACGUUGUAAGCGAGCAGAUGAGACAGGAACUUGAACGAGCGAAGAAAGUGCAAGCGGAGAUGCUCGGCAAGUGGGGCGAAUUGAAAGACGCGCUUACGGCGAGAAUGCAGAGCGCGGAGAUGGAGUCCAAGGAGGAAGCAGAGAGGACGAGGAAAUUGAGCACGGAGAUGGACACGGUUGUAAAGCAGAUGAAGUGGGCGAUGGGACUCGGCCGGGCAAGAGGAUUGAAUGGCGAUCACGAGGAACCGGGCAGUCUAGGUCCAGGAGCUGGUGCUGGGACCGCUGAGAGCCAGAACCCCUCCACCGCGCAAAUAUGA